CCUGUGAUCCCAAAGCACACAUUGUUGUUAUGGGAAAUGUGGAGACGGAGCAUGUACUCCCUGCUUUUCGCGCUACGGUGUCUGCUCAGCCUACCUGGUUCUUACGGCGUACCCAUGCAGGCGGGCUACAGAGCCCUCGAGUUUCAGCCAUCCAUGCUGGACUUCCAGGAACAGGCUGUUGCGAUACCAGAAAUAAGAAAAGUUUAUUUACACAAUCCAAGUUCAGAAGAAACUAUCAUUUUAAUAUCAAUAUCUGCAGCAACUUCACAUUUUUACACUUCAUUUUUUCAGAACAGGAUAAUUCCACCAAAAGGAAACACAUCUUUUGAUGUAGUGUUUCAAGCCCGAGUCGUAGGCAAUGUGGAAAACACCUUUUUCAUUAAUACAUCUCGCCAUGGCAUUUUCACGUACCAGGUGUUUGGUGUGGGUGUACCCGACCCUUACAGACUGCGACCCUUCACUGGGUGCAGAGCAGCGUACACGCUGAACAGCAACCUUUCACCACUGGUAAACAAUCCGAAUCCAUGCAGAGAAGCAUUGCAGGUGGGGCAAAUGCAUGCCAGGUCAGAGGACUUUUACUUGGAUCUGCCCAACGGUCAGAAAGAAGAUACGACAUUAUGGGAGAUGCCUUCAGUUGAGAAAAAAAUGGUAAUGAAGACCAGCAUCACCUCAAGGGUCAAAAACAACCGUACAGGUUUGCUCAGAAUCAAAGCCCGGUCUCCCACCCAGGAGAAGUAUAUCAUCCUUCCAGUGAAGAUGGUGAUACCUACAGUGCCUGGUGUGUACAUUUCUAAAGAGAUGCUGGAUUUUGGUACACUGAGAUCACAAGAUCCUUCAAAACAUAUGAACGUAUACCUUAUAAAUUUAGGAACAAAGGAUGUACCAAUUAAAAGUGUUAACCCUAUGCCAUCAAACAAAGCCCUCACAGUAGACUUUGAACCAGUCAAAGUGAAACCAGGAGAAAAUAUCAAAGUUGCAACUAUUAGUUUCCAUGCAUCAAAAGUACGUAAAAGGUCUCAAAUGUCUGGUAAAAUAACAAUAAAGACAAAUGAAGAAAGCUACACAUAUCUUGAUAUUCCAUACAAAGCUGAAGUUUUCAAUGGGUACCUCUGGUUUGACAGCACAGCUACUUUAUUCCACAUAAGAGACAGUCUAACCGAACCAGUGAAGAGACCCAUCCUUGUAACCAACACCUACAACUUCCCAGUUCUAAUCCAUAAUGUUUCCCUGGCAAAAGAGGCCAAGACAAUGUUCAAUGUGCAGAACUUCAGCCAGCCGAUUCUAAUUCCUCCACAUGAGUCACACUACCUCUUGGAUCUCCAUUUCUGGCCUGUGAAAACCUCGACUUACAUUGACAGCAACAUUGUACUCAUCACCAACGUGUCAGAGUUUCACCUACCUGUCAGGGCUUUCACUGGCUUCCUAGAGGUCCUGGCUCUUCCUCCUAGUCUGGAACAGCACUGGAUGGACUUUGGUGUGGUCAACCUUAAUAAAACUGUCAGCAUUUUGCUGGCAGUUAUCAAUAAUAACCCAACUGAGCUGCAGAUCAAGUCCUGGAAGGUCACAGGGGACAGAUUUUCCAUUGAUCUGUUAAGAUCUGAACCGGGGAAUAAAACAACUGCACUGUCAAAGACAAAAGUUCUGCUAAAUGCAUCUGCAUCAUAUCAGAAAACUGUGAUAUUAUCUUCAGGAUAUUAUGCUCUGUUCCGCGUCACACUACAGGCAAAGGAACUCAAAGGAACAUAUGAUGAAGCAAUUCGUAUUACAUCUGAUUACGAAAUAUUAACCAUCCCAGUGAAAGCUGACACAGCAGUUGAAGCAUUGACUAGCUCACCAAAGCAGAUUAUUCUACCAAAAUGCUUUCCGGGAAAGGUGGUUCGUCAAAGCUUAGGCAUUGUGAGCUGCUUCUCUCAGAGCGUGAAACAGCUACACAUCCGUCGUGUGACUGAUGAUACGCGCUUCUAUCACAGGAGGUUAAAAACAAGCAAGAUGGACCUGGGAUCAAGACAAAGGUUAAAGAUAGCAAACAUUUAUUUUGAUGCCAGUUUGGAGUGUGGGAAUCAGUGUUAUGUUGGACUACCAUUUCGUCUUAAAUCGGAAUCCACAUCACAUGGGCUGCAGAUGCAGCAGGACCUAUGGAGUUCAGAUGCAGACUUGCACCAAACACUUCUUGAAAGAUGGAGAAGUGUGAUGGAAAACUCUGGGGACAAGGUGAACGCCAUCUUUGAGAUGAGCACUGCUCUUCAGAGUAACAUGCAAACUGAAGUAACAGCCCAGAUGGUGUGGCCAUCGAUAAUUAACUCCUCACGCGAGAUCAUUUUCCCCUUGACCCAAACCCACAGCUCCUCUGUUAAGGAACUGGUCUUACAAAACCCAGCAGACGUGCCACUAUACAUCCAGAUUCUUCCCUUAACGCUGUAUCCCAACUCCUCUGACAUGCUAGACAAUCUAAUUGACAGGGCAACCUGGAUUAAGUUUCCCCACAUCAGCAAUAACACGCUAGAGUUUCAUGUUCAGAGCAAUCAAACAUCCUUAAACAAAACUGUCAAGGAAUUUGAAGAAUUCCCAGCACAACCUUUCGUAUGCAACGCCAUGUUAUUACCAGGAGAAGUCAGAUCUUUUAAUGUGAAGUUCACUCCUGUCAGCAACCACACUGUGACUUCGCUUCUUAUCAUUAGGAACAACCUGACUGUGGUGGAGCAUGUGCUGUUACACGGCCGAGGUGCCUCUGAGAAUUUAAAAGUCAGUGGGAAAUCUCCUGGUACUCAAAGCUACCUAAAGUUCACGAUUACAGAGUCUCUGCUGAAACACUGCACAGAGAGGGUGAAACCCAAGCAAAAUUUCACACUCCGAAAAACAUUUAAAGCUGAGAACACUGGGGAGGUUACAAUCGCAAUCAAAUCUACUGAAAUCGACAACCAUAUUUGUGCGGCACAUGGAUUUAAAGUCGUCGACUGCCAAGAAUUUACGCUUAAACCAAAAGCGUCAAAAGACAUUGUUGUAUUGUUCACUCCCGAUUUCAGUGCCUCGCGAUCAGCGGCGGGGCUGCGGCUGGUGACUGCUGGCGGCUCUGAGUUUUUGUUUACAUUGAACGCCUCACUCCCAUAUCACAUGCUGGUGGCUUGCAGCGAAGACCUGGCCAGGCCCAGCUGGGAGCUGGAACUCUACAUAGGCAUCUCUGUCAUCAUAAGCUUCAUGUUCCUUCUAGUGAUGGCAAUGGCCUACCUUGAAGCCAAGGGAAUCUGGGAACCAUUUAAGAGGCAACUGUGUUGUGAAGGAUCUGAUGCUCCAUCAGAGGCAGAAAGAGCGUCGAUUCUCAGGGAAACUGCGCAAAAUCAAACAGAUGCCAACCUGAAUGACGACACAAACCACGAUUCUACACAAGGAAUGAACAAUCCUGGCACUUCCUCAGUGCGGAUCAAUGGCCCACCAUGUACCACGCAGUCAGAAACCCAGAGCACCAGCAAGACCUACUCCAACCUGGAUGGCCUGAGGUCCAGGAUUAUUAACAAAGCCAAAGUGAGUUUUAGCAGGAGCUCCAGGCAGUCGCAGCCGGCGCAGCAGCAGCUGGCAUCCAGUUCCCUGGACGUGCAGACCUCCACGGCUGCAGUGCUCUCCAAAGACCAGUCUGCAGACACCCCCAAGACUGUCCCUGAGACUAGGGCUGAGGCUGAAGGCAAAACACCUCAAAGCUCAACAAACUCAGAUUUCUCCAGCUUCGCCGGAGCUGUGGACAAGAACCUAGGGUGCCAGAAUGCUUCUCCAACUAAGCUGCUCCAAAACCAGCAGGCCCUACUUUCACCAAGCAAAGGUUCUGGAACAAAACGGAAAAUUCUGAAUAAACCCCAGGUCCAAGACCAGCCCAAGGAGAAAGAGCAGAAGUCAAAGGAUGUCAUGAAAACCAGGCCAUUCAUGCUAGAAAAGGAAAAGGUGGAGGGAACUGCAGCAUCACCCGCGAAAUCUGACAAAAAGAAGCCAGACACAAAAGACGCCGUUACAGAUAUAAAUUCCAAUUCGCUGGAGCUGCCAUACUUAACUGCCCACGAAAUCAAACGCCGCAAACGGUCAGAAGCAAAAACCUUGAAGCCUCCUCCACCAGCUAAGGGCCCCCAAAUCAAGAAUACGGAGACAGUGUCCGGCGAGCACACAGAACACUGCCAUCAUCACCCCCUUGAGAAGCAGGCUGAUGCAGUGGCAGAAUCCGGAAACAUCAGCAGUUCUGAGGAGGAAAGUGAUUCUUCCCUUCCUCCAGAGUGGGACUCUGUCCCAGUCCAGCCAGUCAACAGUGGUGAUGACGGCCUCUACCAAUUAUCUAUGCAAACCAUGAAUGCAGACACUUUCAUAAAAAGAUCCACUUCCACAGCAUGUCCACCUCCUGCCACUUCCCUCAGCCUGAUAGCCCAUGGAACAGAUAGCAAUGUGGACUGCACAGCACGUAACACCCAAUUUAAGAGAGAGCCUGGAAACACAAACAAGAAGUUGACAAAAUCCGUCUCUUUACCUGAUAAAUGUGUCAGUCUCAUCACUACUGUUGUGGCGGCAGAUUAUGACAAAAGUCCAGGUGGCAGCGGUCCGGUCAUGGGGACGUCUAGAAAAGGCAACAUUUCGGGGGCCGUGUCCUUUCCUCCGGACAAAUCCAUUUGGAGCUACGGGCCCAACAGUGCUGGAUUGUGGAAUCCAUUCACUCCCUGUAAUAGCAACAACUUAAAUUCUUCACAGUUGACUUUUGGGCCCAGUGAUACAUUUAAAGGUUCUGGAGCCUUCAGUGGUAUGCCCUUCUCCAAGAGCCAAGAACAUCAGCUGAAGUGGUCUGACUUCAAUGCUGUGUCCCCUUCAAUCUGGGAAACCUCCAGCAGUGACCCUCUGCAUCCCUGGCCCAUCACUACGAGCUCACCAUCAUUCUCAUCUGAAUCUGUUUCAGGCACUAGCAGAGACCUAUGGUCCACCACCACUCCAUUCAGCACAUCCAUCUGGUCACCCACCUACACGACACCUGCCGCUGAAGUUCUCCCCAACCCCAGUGGGAGCUCCAGCAGAAGUUUCCCUAACCAACACCAAAAUGGGAGGCUUGCGCAAUGUCUAGGGCUACCAGCCAACAGCGAGACUGGAGGGACCUACAGCCUCUGGGGCAUGUGGGGCCCAACCCCAAACAGGAGGUCCUCUGAACCUUGGAACAGCACUUCAACUGCUGAGUGCUGUCAUUAUUUUACACAGUAGGAUAUACAUGUCUUUUCUUUUUGGUAUUACACCUGUACAACUGUCUCUUAUGGGUUUGUACAUGAUCCAGAGUGAUAAACUCACCAUUAUGGUUGAAAUAAAACAAAGUCAAAACCUGCAAUUUCACUCAAAUUUUCCACACAUUUUACCUUGUUGGAGGCACCAGAUCAAAAUAAAAGAUUUCAGACAAAUGCCUACUAA